AUGUCCCGCACUACCUCGUCCCACAACCGUCCGAUCUUGCCGAACUUGUGGAGUGUAAUCCCAAGCCAUUUGCGAAAUUCCAGUCGAGCGCAGAGACCGCAGUGGCAACUGCAGCACCAGCAAGUGCUGCGCUUCCGCGGCCAUCCACCUCUUCUCGUCCGCAUCCGCCACUUCCGCUGCCUCACGCCACGCAUGACCGACUCGCAGCAGUCCGACGCGCCGCCCGCGGGCAGCGUAAAUCAAGACCCAGCGUCGCAGGGCGCCCCCUCGGCUCCCGCAACGCUCCAGGCCUCGUCCAGCACGCCGUUGGCUGCUUCCGCCACGCCCGCGACCUCCGCGUCGCUGCAGAAACUGCUCGCGAUGUCGUCAGCGCCGCCAGUGGCUGCGCAGAGCGCGCCCGCGGCGUCCACGUCCUCCAUUUCGCCGGCAACGACGGCGGCAACCUCAUCGGGCACGUCCUCGGCGCCACCAACUCCCAGCGGCACUCCGGCGUCUUCAGCAGUGACUACGACGGCUCCGGUGGCCACUACGAUGGUUCCGGCGAUUUCGGGCGACGCCACGGUGCUCGUGCUUCGUCCAACGCCUGCGAUGCCGUCGCUCAGCGCGCUGCAGACGGCCCAGGCCACCACGCAGAGCGCACCGGCAACCAGCACCAUUUCUGGAUUGCUUCACGCCGUCGAGGCAUCGCGCUAUCAGACGGACCCCAUGGUAAUGCCGGCCACGAUCGAUGACCUUCGUGACGGCGCUCUUAUCGCUGGUGCUGCUGAUGGGCUGGGUUGUGUGCUCUCCUCCCCUGACAUCACGGACCCCCGGAUCAGAGCGGCCUUGGAUCGCGAAAUGAUCCCGCUCGCUCAGAGCUACGGCGCGGAUCAGCUUGCUUCUCGGUCGCUCAGGACCGUCCAGUACCUCCACCACACCGUGCAGUUCAUCCAAGCCCUUGAGCAGCAGAGCUCGGGUGACGCGUCGACUUCCGGGGUGGCCGGGCUGACUGUCCGGUGCCAGCAGAUGGCUCAAGCUCUCAAGCGCCAGAGCGACGUUCAUAAAGCUGAGCUGCAGCGCCUUCACAUGACACAUACCGUGGCGCUUCAGGCCGCCGCAGCUGGCGCCUCAGCUGGUGUUACCGGAGGUCGACUCACAGACAUUACUGCUGCGGCCGAGAUCCAGAAGCUCAAGGACGACUUGGACAAGACGUUCAAGCUGCGGUCUCAGUAUGCCAGAGAAAAGGGCGAGGCGGAGGACGCUCUGGAGAAGCGCAUCGCUGAGCUCGAGGCACAGAUCCAUGACUCCAGAGCAUUCGAUCCCGGAGCUCUCUGUGACUUCCUGUUCAACAGCAGCGCCUUCAAAGGCAACUGGCGUCGGCUUCUCGAGCUCCUGCAGUCGUAUCGAACUGGGAAACCUGCUCCUGCCAGCUAUCGCACCACAAUCCAAGUCUCGGCUCGCGAUCUGGGCUUCGAGGACUCUGAGCCAUAUACGACCCAAGCUGCUCAGCCCAGCGCUGCUUCGGCGCCAGCCUCUUCGCCUCCGGGAUCCGCUCAAGCGAUCACGACUCCGACCAGCUCAUCUCUGCCGGCAACCCCAUUGCGUACGCCGCCGAUGACGAGCACUGCGCCCAGCUCAGCAGCCGCGCCGGAGACCGUGGACUUGACUCGCUCAGCUUCCAGCCCACCAAAGGCCAAGGCACCGAUGAUCAAGCCGUUCACACAGCGAAUUGCGCUGCCUCGCCGCCCGACCAAGUUCAAGCCUGAGCGCAAGAACGCCAAGAAGGAAUCUCCCAGCGCUCGUUCGGACCUGGACGCAGCAAAGGCUGUGCCCAACCAGUUCAGCUGGGAUGGCACUCGCCCCGACGUCCAAGAGCUCAUGUUGGCUCGCGUGGCGUUCUGGGAUGCGGUGGAUGAAGCCCAGAAGGACCAGAUGCUCCACGACCAGUUCGGCAAGAAGAACUUGAUCUACAUGUUGACUUCACGGAUGUACUGGGAGGCUCUGGACGACACUCCGUGGAUGCAGUAUGUCCCCGACAAGUACUUCGAUGCAGCUGUGACCAGACUCCCGGCUCCCGGCCUGACAAGAAUCCCAGCGCCCUGGCGGACCCUGCCCAAGAAACCAAGCGCAAGCGACUAUGACUCGGAUUCCUCGUUCAUGUCUGUACUAUCCUCAGAGGACACCGAUGACAGCGACGGUGACCAGAGUUACUACGGGUCGAAGGCCAAGGCUCCCAGCUCCAUCAGCACCAGAUCUCAGAGUUCUCCAGCAGACAAGAAGCGACAGCGGAGUUCGACGUCUUCUGGGGGCAGCUCAGUGACCAAGCGCCAGCGCUCAGCCUCAGGGACCUCCGUGACCUCAGCUGACCCUGAGCCAGACGAUGCUGAGACUCCUGAGGAGGGUGUCGAUAAUGGCAUCAUCAAGGCCCCCAAGAAAGGCAGCUGGUUUCACAACGGCAUCCGAGUCCAGAAGCUGCACCAUCAGACGAUUGGUUUCCCAGCUUACAUGCCAUCCAAGACUGGGAUCGAGCAGCUCCACAAUCGCAUCGAGUACGCGUAUUAUCUGGAGCUGCUCAGAUCAGACCCCUGGGACGACAUGUGGGAUGGCCGAGUUGACUUCCUCGUCUACCACACGCAUGCGGAAAUCACUCCUGAGAUGUGCGAAGCGGUCGUUGUAAUUGCUGGGUUUAUGAGUGCUUGGCGUCGAGCGUAUUGGGAGCGACUCCACUGGUAUCCGUUCCCGUCCAAGAUCGACUACGUUCAGCUCGCCAAGGAACUGGGCCUGCCUGAGCUGGCCACCGUCUACCGAGAGCGCAAGGACCGCGCCCAAGAGUUCGAGCUUCGUCGCAGGGACUUGAUCGACCAGCUCAGGGGCGUUAAGGGUUACUCGGACCGGAUCUGGUUCGAGCCCGGACUCUGGGCUGUGCCCAAUGAUCCGUGCCACUGGAUUCUCCGAGACCCAGAUCUCAAGAUCUCGCUGGCUGACCAACUCUUCACCCUGGACGGUCAAGAACCAGUUCGCACGCAAUGGGCUACCCGCCGCUCGGACAAGCAGUUUGAAGCGAUCGUCCCGCCUGAGCUCAAGUCCAAGAGCAGAGCCGAGCGGGAGGCGAACCCAAUUAUCCCAGCACCGGAGUACAACCACGACACGCUUGCUGAGGUGCUUCGCGCUCUGGAAGCCGUGCAAGACAAGGAGACUGAGAAAGCGUAG